AUGAUUCCGAGGCAAUUCGAAGAAAAACUUCAUCGAAGUCCUAAUGGAACUCUAAGUUACUUCAACGAAUCUCAAACAGCUAUGCAGGACUUUAUCUCACUAAUCUUAUAUAGACAAUCAGCACUCGUACGUGUUUCUGUAGUUCUAAUCGGAGCUGUUCUAAUACACUUGACGAUUGGAACAUAUCAUACAUUCGGUAAUAUGUUGCCAUAUAUGGCUUCUUACAUGAGGAACUAUACGGACCCUUCGGUUCGUGUUGAACAUCUUAUGUGGAUCCCAACUUUUCAAGGUUGUUUUCCGUUCGCAAUGGUUAUUGGGGGUGCUAUAAAUCUGCGUCUAGGCCCCAGGUUAACAACCUUUAUAGGAUGUUCGUUAGCUACAUCAAGUGUGGCUCUUUCUUCUUUGGCCAUCAAGCAUUCUUUUGUUUUAUUUUUUAUGUGCUAUGGAUUAAUGUAUGGACUGGGCAUGGGAAUUGCUUAUGUAACAGCUGUGGCAACAGUUAUUAAUUGGGCUCCUGAUAAAGUAGGAGUUGUUAGUGGUAUCGUUGCCGCUGGUUUCGGCUUAUCCUCAUCAAUUUUUGCUCCUAUACAAACUACUUUUGUAAACCCUACAAAUUUGCCUUCUACGAAGGACGGUUAUUUUCUACAGAAAGAGCUUCUUGAACGUGUUCCGGAUGUUUUUAUUCACUUAGCUUGGGUUUAUGGUUCUCUCCAGGCUUUCGCUCUUAUUGUUAUUUGUGAUCCGCCUGAGAAAAUUCUUGCUUCUGGGUUGGGAUCAGUUUCGGAUAUUCUAACUUCAUUCCGUACCGGUGUGAAAGAAACUCGAUAUACUGGGGUUAGAUAUAAGCCUGUUCGAAUGGCAGACGAAAUUAUGAUCGAACGCAAUGAGAACGGCCAACGAAGGCGUUCGCGUUCACAAUCCAGAGAAUCUUGCUCGGGUUCUGAUUCAGAAGAUGAAGUGUUUCAAGACGAUAUUUUAGGACUGAGAAAUGAUCGAAGUAUGUCGCCGGCAGAGAUGCUUAGAUCACCAACAUUUCUUUUUCUGUUUGGAGCUUUAUUCUGUUGUUCUUUCUAUGCAAAUAUGUUUUAUAACCUAUAUAAGACUUAUGGUGAAACGUUCAUCGAAGAUGACUUUUUCCUAGCCAAUGCUUUUAGCAUAGGUUCUGUUGUUAAUGCAGUGGCUAGAGUAUCUUGGGGUUACAUUACAGAUAAAACUAAUUUCCAGUUUGCUGUUUCCACUGCUACUUGCAUAGCAUCAAUUUUUCUUUUCACUAUGCCGUUAGUCCAUUCACUUGGAAAAUUUUUCUAUCUGAUCUGGCUUUGCGGAAUCUUUGCCUGUAUGGGAGCAACACAUGCUCUGUUUAUAACAGCAACGGUAAAGUGCUUUGGUUCCAAAUAUAAAGCAUCAAACUAUGGGUUUCUGACUUUUUCUACGACGUUGAGUGGAAUUCUGCUGGCUCUAGUAUCUCAGUAUUACUUACCAUAUAUUGGUUAUACAUGGAUGUUCAUUGUAACAGCUAUCUUCCCCUUUAUCGCCUUUCUAAUCACCUCGUCAAUUCAAGGGACCCCCCAAGGAAAGUAUAUCACGCAAUAG